AUGGAGCCGCGCUUUUCCCCCAGAGACUCAACGCCUCGCAGCACGAAGAAUGAAGUCAUUAUUGGCGGCCUGAAAGUCUACGUCUACGGACUAGCCGAAGUGAAGCAGCAGGGUCACACCGAGCUUGCGAUUCUGUAUCUGGCUCAUGGCCGAAAUGGCACUUAUCUUGAUGUGGAAGACGUCGCGCAUGAAAUCCUUCACCAGUACCGAAUAAAUGGGCGAAAUAAGAGGGCCGGCCUGAUUGCUGUGGCUUUCAAUAUGAGAAAUCACGGAGAUCGCAUCAUUAACCACAAGGCGAAUCUGACUUGGAGUGACGGUAACGAUAUGCAUGCACAAGAUAUGCUCUCUUCCAUUGCUGGCUGCGCUCACGAUCUUGAGCUCUUGAUCGACUAUCUUCCGCUCUAUCUCCCUACUUAUUUUGAAAACUUUUACAACGUCGUGUCUGGUAUCUCCCUCGGCGCACAUAUUUCGUGGAGGAUGGCGACAUCGAGCGCGGCAGCACGCGGCAAAAUUCAGGGUCUGGCAAUCGUCGCGGGCUGUCCCAAUCUUACCGCACUCUUUCUUUCGCGUCUCGGUGUCAACACCGCCGAGCUGGCAAUUCCUUUGAACGAACUGUGUGGGCUUCAAUAUGACCAGCUCUCGGCCUGUCUGACCGAAGAACAGCGCCGGCGAUGGCCACCUGCUGUGAGUGAAAUACUGGGCGAGUUGGAUCGAGCGACGUAUGAGACUUUUCCUUGUAACAAUCCUACCCUCGUUCUUCAUGGUAUGCUAGACCAAUUGGUGCCAAACAUAAUCACCGAGACCUGGAUCACGAAGAAAAGGGCGGAAGUGGAUGCCGCCAUCGAAUAUUUUGUGUAUGCCAAUGCCGGGCAUACAUGUACGGCGGCAAUGGUCGAUAGAAUUGCGGAGUGGCUGACGACGUUAUUUGGAUGCAGCAGCGGAGGGGCAGGAAUUGCCAAGUUCACAGAGGCUUAG